AUGGCCUCUGUUUUGGAGGACCCUGCCCUGGAGCGCCACUUCAGAGGCCACAGAGGCGCAGUGACGUGUUUAAGCUUCAACCCAAACGGGAAACAGCUCGCCUCCGGGUCGGCGGACAAAAGUCUCAUGGUCUGGAACUUGGCUCCUAAGUCCAGAGCGCUCAGGUUCACAGGACACAGCGACGUCAUCACAGACCUGCAGUUCUGUCCAGACGGGGGUUUGGUGGCCUCCUGCUCUGCGGACAGAACAGUCCGGCUGUGGACGCCCUGCAUGAAGGGCGAGUCCACGGUGUUCCGCGCGCACUAUUCUGCCGUGCGCAGUGUGUCCUUCUCCCAUGAUGCUUUGCGGCUCGUGACUUCAUCGGACGACAGAAGUGUGAAAGUUUGGAGCGUUCCCCGGCGCCACCUGCUGUACUCGCUCAGCCAGCGCGACCACCGUGUCCACUGCGCACGCUUUUCUCCUGACGGGCGGCUGGUGGCCUCAUGUGGCGGCGAUCGCACUGUGAGAAUCUGGGACACCAGCUCCAGACUCUGCAUCAACGUCUUCAGCUGCAACAGCCCUCUCUCCUCUGUGGACUUUGACUCCUCUGGGACAUGCCUGGCCUCGUCUGGCUCCGACAGCUCGGUGCGGAUCUGGGACCUGAGGACCAACAAACUCCUCCAGCAUCACCACGUGCACUCUGCUGAGGUCCACAGCGUUGCGUUUCAUCCAUCAAACCACUUCCUGAUCAGUGCGUCUGCCGACAACACGGUGAAGAUCCUGGACCUGCUGGAGGGCCGUCUCAUCUACACCCUGCAUGGACACCAGGGAGCAGUUUUCUCGGUGGCUUUUUCCAGGAACGGGGCGAUGUUUGCUUCAGGAGGAGCCGAUGCCCAGGUGCUGACCUGGAGGACAAACUUUGACCGUGUAAGUUACCGCGACAUGCUGCGUGAACACAAAGAGCGCUCCAGUCCUGAGCCGGCGCCGCACCUGAGCGACAUCCCGCCUCGCAGCCCGCACCAGCACACGCCGCAGUCUUAUAACAUACAGAUAUGGGAGAGUGUGGCCGACACGCAGACUCCAGAGCCUCACGUGGUGGAGAUGGGACAAAAUCUCUGCUCAAAGCUGCUGAACGAGCGGAGAGUUGGCGGGGCUAAGGUGAGGGUAGCAGCCAAUGGGAGGCGAGCAGAGGCGAAGCCGGAGGCGGAGACCCAGCGACUGGACGUUCUAUCGGGACAUCCCUCCGCGCUCAAGACCACGAUGCAGCACAUCGUGACCCAGCUCGACGUCCUCACCCAGACAGUGUCGGUCCUGGAGGAGCGUCUGUCCAUGACCGAGGACAAGAUGAAGGAGUGUCUGUGGAACCAGGCCCAACUGUUGAGAUGCCUGCAGGACCCAGAGACCUCAGCCGAGUCCUCGGGGGUGGUGUUGUGUGGUGGACAGGUGGUGCGUAAUCCCAGUGCAGAGCAGAUUACAGGACUGUGUCACUGUCACAGCUGCUGA